AUGACCCUUCUGUCCUCGGGGCCCGAACUCUUUGACAUCCAAGAGGAUACAAGGGAUAUCGAGCAUCCCGUUUUUCACGUCAAGUACAGACUGAACUCCACUGGUACUCUCGAGUCCUUGCAAGAUGUACCUGACAAAUUGCCUGUAAUCAAGAUCCUAGGAACUGGAGGCACAAUCGCCAGCAAAGGAUCAACUGCUUUUCAAACCGCCGGCUACCAUGUCGACUUGACAAUCGAGCAUCUUAUCUCAACAAUCCCAGACCUUUCGCUGACUUGUGAAUUGCACUUCGAACAAGUCUUCAAUCUUGACUCGAAGGAAAUCACCACGAAGGAGCUUCUAGAGCUCAAAGCCAAAACCCAAGAGGCUUUGGAUAACCAUGAUGGUGUAGUCAUCACACACGGUACCGAUACGUGUGAGGAGACAGCUUUUUUUUUGGAAGCUACCUUAGACUUUAAAGAUAAACCAGUUGUAAUCUGUGGAUCGAUGAGACCUUCGACUUCAGUCUCUGCUGACGGCCCUUCAAAUUUGUACCAAGCUUGUGUUGUUGCAGCUGAUAAGCAGAGCUGUGGCCGAGGAGUCUUGAUUACAUUGAAUGACAAGAUUGGUUCCGGCUACUACAUUACAAAGAGUGAUGCAAAUUCUUUGGACUCAUUUAAGUCCUUGGGUCACGGAUAUUUGGGUAACUUCGUGAACAAUGAGGUUCACUACUACUUUCCACCGGUCCAUCCAACGGGAAGAAUGUCCUUCAAGACCUCUCUAUUCGAUAAUACUUUACCAGAAGUUAUCAUUUUGUAUGCUCACCAAAGUUUUAACAACGACUUGAUCAAGCUAGCAGUGGAGCAAAUAAAGGUUGCUGGCAUUGUGAUGGCAACAAUGGGAGCUGGUUCCCUCUCGGACAAUACCAAUGAGUAUUUAGGAAAUUUGUCUGCUAAAUAUGGCCUUCCUAUUAUUUACUCGAAGAGAUCCAUGGAUGGCAUGGUCCCUCGUGGAUCUAUGCCCAAAAAAAAUAAUACUCACCUAAUCGCUGGUGGCUAUCUCAAUCCACAGAAGAGCAGGAUUUUACUUCAGUUGUGUUUGAAUGCUGGGAUGGACAUCAAACGCAUACGGAAAGCGUUCAGAGGUGUCUACGGUGGCUAA